AUGGUGCACUACCUUCAAGAAAUGCUACGAAGCAGGAACUUCCAAGUAUCGAUAAACGGAAAUACGUCGAGUCUCAAGUCAAUGGAAACCGGCCUUUGCCAAGGUUCGGUGUUAAGCGUGACAAUGUUUUUACUGGCUAUAAAUACCCUUACUAGUUAUCUACCCUCAACCGUUGAAUGCCUAAGAUACGCUGACGACGUAAUCUUGAUCGCAACUGGCGAAAACGCAGAGCAAACAGAAGGAAAGCUUCAGACAGCUUUUGACCAUUUAGGGUCCUGGGAAACUGAAACCGGAUAUAAAAUAUCAGCUGAAAAAAGUGCAACUGUCAUCUACCGCACACCACGUAAAAAAAAACCGACAACUCCGAGCAAGUUAACGCUCAAUGGGGCGAUUGUGCCUCGCAAAAACCAACACAAAUGCUUAGGCGUUAUCCUCGAUCAACACCUGAAAUAUCGUGCCCACGCUGAAGAAGUGAAAGCAGCCUGCCAGCAAAGAGUCCUUUUUAUCCGGAGCAUAGCUGCUAGGACUUGGGGUGGAGAUAGAAACACCCUGUUAAAACUAUAUCGUGCAACUAUACUUGAAAAACUUCUUUACGCAGCACCGAUUUUAUCAGCCAUGGAAGGUAAAGUUCAUCAGUCGUUGGAAACAGUCCACAACGCAGGACUUCGAGCAAUCGUAGGAGCCUUCAGGACAAGUCCAGUGGUUAGUCUACAAGCCGAAACCGGAAUCCCCAGUUUGAAAACACUGAUUAAUCAGCGAACCGUGAUUUAUACUUCCCGAUGUCUAGCCGUUGAUCGUAUCGAGGAAAACUCUGAAAAUGAUAACAUAAACCAUCUCAGCAGUGACAGCAACAGCGACAUAAGUUCCGACGAAAGGUGGGGAGAACGAGCCAGAAUCCAGCCUAACAGCUACAUCGAUAGAGGAUCAAAUUUGAUAGCCGAAUUAGAACUACAGCUGCCAAGAACAACAGUCUUCAAAUUUCCAGAAUGCCCUCCGUGGAAACGGCUUAAACUCAACGUGGACAAAAGCCUUCAUCACGAACUUUCCCAAGGCUCAACAUUAAACGAUCUAAGACACAUUUUCAACGAAUUACGGCAAACAAAAUACCGUAUUCACAAAGCCAUCUAUACAGAUGGAUCAAAAAAGGACUCGAAAUGCGGCUAUGGAGUAGUGUGUGAUGAUUUCGUAUUCCAAAAGCGUAUGAAUAACAUAAGCAGUAUUUUCGCAGCAGAAAGCGAAGCAAUCAAACAAGCACUGACUUGGAUAGUCGAUCAGCGAGAAUCUCGAGCAUAUCUUAUAUGUACUGACUCCAUGAGCGUUGUAACAAACCUUGAAAAAUGCAAAUUAAACUCCAGAUGGAAGGACUCUGUACAAACCCUUUUCAAUCAGAUCGUCGAGAUGGGAUCAGAAAUAGUUAUUUUCUGGGUCCCCAGUCAUAUCGGGAUUCCGGGAAAUGAGAGAGCAGACAUUGAAGCAAAAAAGGCUUUGGAACUGCCAGAGGAUGAAAACCAGAUUAUAGACAUCAAGGAAACACGGAAAAUCAUCAAGUCACAGUUCAUUAACCGAUGGCAGAUGCAGUGGCAUUCAAACUUAACCAACAAAUUACGCGAAGUGAAAAACACUGUGCUUCCAUUCAAAGCUGCAUUAUUGGGGAAUCGACGAGAUGACGUGAUCCUAGCACGUUUACGCAUCGGACACACAUUACUUACACAUUCGUACCUUCUGGACAGAGUUGACCGUCCAUUAUGUCACAGAUGCAACGAAGUAUUAACCGUGAAACAUAUCAUCGCAAUGUGCCCACAAUUGGAACAGGAACGGAUCAGUCACGGAGUACCGGGUAAUCUUCGAGAGGCAUUAGCAGACGACAAAGAAAGAGCAACAACAGUGUUAGAAUAUUUAAAAUCAAUCCAAUUGUACGAUAAAAUUUAA